AUGGAAUCGAACUUCAUGUUCGCCUACAACCAUCCCAAAUUCUCCGACCGCGUGCUCCGGAUCGAGGUCGUGGGGGAGCCUCCCGAUGGCGAGGUUGGCAUCCAGCGGGACACCCACCAUAAGCGGCAGAGUGACACCGACGACGUCACAGACCAAGGAGAUGAUUCUGAUCUUAUCGUCAGAGUCAAUUCUAUCUACGUUAAUUCUGCUAUACUUGCUAAAAGAAGCCCUUUCUUCGACAAGCUUUUCACGAAUGGCAUGAAAGAAUCCAAUCAGCAGGAUGCGACUGUGAGAAUCAACAAAUCAGAGGAAGCUGCUUUCAUGGAGCUCUUAGGCUUCAUGUACGGAGGAAACUUGCCAACUAUCUCGCCCACCCUCUUAGAUGUGCUGGUUAUUGCUGAUAAAUUUGCCGUUGAUUCUUGCGUGCGCCGUUGCGCUGAGUUGCUUGGAAGCUUACCUAUGAACAUGGAAUAUGCACUGCUAUAUCUGGAUCUCCCAUCUUGUGUUUCCAUUACACCAGAAGUCCAGUCUCUAACAGAUGCAGCCAAGGUGUUCAUUUGCGAUCAGUUCGGGGACAUAACCAAGUUGCAAGAUGAAUCGACGAUCCUUCCUCUUGCUGCCAUCGAGGUUUUACUGUCUAGUGAUCGUCUCCAAGUGGCAUCAGAAGAUGCAGCCUAUGACUUCGUGCUCAAGUGGGCGCAUGCUCGGUACCCGGUACCGGAAGAACGGCGUGAGAUCUUGGGGCCUCACCUACUCCACCAUGUCCGUUUUCCUUAUAUGAGUCUCGAGAAGCUCAGAGAAGUCCUCGAUGACUUGGAUCAUGAACUUGUUUCCGAAUUAGUGAACGAGGCUCUUUGGUUCAAGGCAGAUGCCCUCCACCGGCAACGUGCCCUCGCUGCUGAGUCAACGCACAAGCGGUUUACGGAGAGGGACUACACACAUCGUCCGCUCAAGAUCCUGGAAUUCGAUAGGCCACAUCCGCAAUGCAUCGUAUACCUGGAUCUCAGGAGGGAGGAAUGUGCCACCAAACUGUUCCCAGCAGGCCAGAUCGACUCCCAGUCAUUUCACUUCGGUGGACACAGAUUCGUCCUAUCAGCAAGCUACUACUCGAAUACGAACACUGGCCGCCACUUUCGCCUUCUCCUAAGGAUGCAGCCCGACGGUUCGGCCAGCUUUCCGGUAAUAACCUGUCGGAGUUGCCCAAGAAUGAAGCCAUCCAGAGAUUUUCUCGAGAGGUACGAAGAAAGGUCCACUUUAAGGGGUCGGAACACAGAAGUCUCCCGGAGCCUGCUUGAUUUACAAUGGAACUCAUUUAUCGCCGACAAGAGCAAGUACUUCAUCGAUGACACACUCCAAAUGAGAGUUGCGUUGACCAUCAGGUAG